UCGAAUUAAAGGAAGAUAAGCAGCGGGGGUUUCCCUAGCGCGAGGGUUGAAUCCGGCGUUUGCGGAUAUAUAAGACCGGCGAAGUCCGUUCAGUGUCAUUCGUCGGCCUUUAACAAUUCCAACAGCUUCACCUUCUCAAGCUGCCGUAUCCAUCAGUCAUGCCAAAUUCCUCAAACCGAAUCAUCGUACUGGUUCUCAUGAUUUUCGCCGUUCUCUGCUUUACAACAUCUAUAACUGAAGCCGAGCUAAAUAUUGGUGUUUGCAUACGAAACUGCGCGCAGUGCAGAAAGAUGUUCGGCACGUAUUUCAUGGGACAGAAGUGCGCGGACUUUUGCGUAAAGUACAAGGGAAAGCUCAUUCCGGACUGCGAGGACGAGUUCUCUAUUCGCCCUUUCCUACAAGAGCCCGAGAACGAUUAUUAAUUUUCAGAAUCGAUAGGAAUUUCUUCACUUUGAUCCUCUAUUUUUAUCCUUUUAAUAUUAAACCGCCUAAGAGUUGUAUACCAUAGGAAAAUGCGAAUUUUGACGAAAAUAAUAAAUUUAUUUAUUAUAGCAUAUGCUUGAAUAUACAUAAAUCUAUAAUGUAUGUGCAGAUUUACAAUUUUCAUCACAAAAGUUGUAAAGACAUUCUAUUAUAACCGAACAUAAUUCAAAUAAAGUAUGAAAAAAAUACGAAAAAA